GGGGAGUUGAGGGUCGUUUCUCUUUCUGCAUGUGGCUGAGCCGUCGUGAGGAGCUGCUCAUGAAUUUGUCUCAUGUUGUGUAGGCUCUUGGUGUGUGUGGCCAUAGCAGUCUUUUGUUUUAUUCCCACUCUAGGUCGGGGAAGAUGGGGUGCUGCUUUAGUAAGGAGCUCAACCCCGGCCUGCAGUCUGAGAGGAGCAGUCUGUUACAACCCCCACUGCACGAUGGGCUGAGUGAGGCGACAGAGCAGGUCAGGAAACACGCUGCUGCUUUAGCUCAACAUGUGUGCCUGAAGGAAGAAGAGAAACGUGAGCCAGACGGACCGGCCCGGGGGACCCCUCUGGACGGGGAUGAAGCCCACCCAGAACUGGACAAUAACGUUGAUACGCAGGCGGUCGUGGUCAGCAGGGACGACACCCAGCAGACAGAGAGGGAUCUUAAACCAGCGAACACUCAGGAGGAGAAGGCAGCUAUAAACACACACACAAACACGGACACAGUGGCAGGAGUGACUCGCUCCGCCAUUCCCAGCCCCAAGUCGGACCCCUCUAUGGAGGUGUCCACACACAGUCCAGUCAUACAGAAGAUUCUGGACAAUGCCACUUUCAGGGCUUUAUGGUUCAGUCAGCCCCCAGUGGGGCAGAAGCUGCACAAACCAGCCACCUCUUUGCCAGCUCCCUCCAGGUUACACUCUGCUCCCUGGCUAGGAAGCAUCACAGCGACUGAGGUGUCACAUGACCGGCCUCCGCUGGUCAGCGAGUGUCGGGGGACACGGCAGGAUUCCCCCAGAGCAGAGCACAAGGAGGAGGAUGGCGAGGAAGUCUGCGUCGUCGCGACAACGCUGUGUCAAGUUUUGGAAACGAGGACCCGCAGCUUCUACAGCAUUUGUCCGAUCGACGCAGACGACCUUGAACAUGACCAGUCCCAAACAGCUGGAGCAACGCAGUCAGUGCUCACAGCUGAAGCAGAAACAGCUGCUCCGCCCUGCAGCGUGGAGUCUCUGCUCUGCAGCCAAUCACACUCAGAGGCAUCGACAGCCUGCCACUACACACAUGUCACACAACCCAAAAUGACCAAGCAGUCACAUGGGCAGGAAGCAGCUUCUCUGCAGUCACUUGCUGCUCAGCACUCUUCCAUCAUCUUGUUACAGACACUCACUGAUAAUUUGCUGUCAGCAGAGCAAACUGUCUCAACACAACCCGCUGUUCCUCCUCAGCUGGUGGAUUCUCUGUCUGACACCAGCGAUCACAUACACAGCGAGGACCCUCAGGCAUCUGCACCCGACAGCCCUCAGCUCAAAGUUCUGAAUUGGCAGACAGCUGUGAAGGACACGGAUGAAUUCACAUACGAUGCUUCGAGCUCAGUGACGGCACACACAGUAGGAAAUAUGUGUGAGGAGGAGAGUGAGUGUGCUGAGAGUGAAGCAGUGAAGGAGUCAGAGGACAUCACAGUUACAGAGCAGAAUGUGAGUGUGGAUAGUGGAUUUAAGACAAGUGUGAGUUCAGAGGAGGAGAUUGUGAACUUGAUGGACCACAAAGCAGUGGAGGGAGGCUUUAAUACCACAGAAGAAACAGUGAUCAACUUCCAGGAGAAAGGAGCAGAUCAGACUGUGAAUUCUGACUUGAGGCCUGUGGACAUCCUUCUGCCUCAGGCUGAACUCAGUGCAAAGCAGGACGUCCAAAAUUCACAUUCAGACACUGAAAGUCCUGAACUGAAUUCUUCCGGUCAGAGCCCCGUAUCUUUAGAUUUCCAGAAAGAACAGGGGGAUACUCUCUGUCAGCUGGAUGAACCCUCCCAGCAGAGUGAGCCCAUCCCUGUGAGAGUCCACGCUUCAGAUGGUGAAGUUGGUCACAGCGGCACAGCAGACACCUCUCUCACUGAGGUGUCGUCGUUUUCCACCAUCUCCACCGCGUCAUCACUGCCCACUGAGCUGACCGCUUUCUGCUGCCACACUAAUGUGACACAUCUGUCAGAUUUAACUAAAAUCCAGCAGAGUGGAUCCAUCAAAACCGAUCUUAAUUCGAAUGAUCCAACAUUUGGGCUGAGCAGCAUUAAGCCUUCUAGUAAAGAUAGUCAUCAGAAAAGCAAUGCUGGGUUUGGUCACUGUGACAAACUGCUUGAUAUCUUUGUGAAAACUGAACGUGAGGCGCUGUCUGGCUCAGAUCAGCCUCUCCAGGAUGUCCUGGUGAGUGGAGACGACAGACAGACUGAAAAAAAUCUGAAACCAGAUAUUCCUCAGGCAAGUAGGCAUGAUGAGGGAGGCGAUAAUCCAGCUGGUUUACCUGAAACAAGACAAAACACCUCCCAGCCGGAGAUGAGAGAUGAACAAUGUGACGAGUUGUCCGAACACCGUGAUGACUGUGUGGCUGUAAAUUCAAGCAUCACUCCUCAGGGCCCUGAGAAAUCUGAGAGCAGCAUCAAGGAUUCAAGUCACGGUCGUCUCACUCAGCCCCCUCCUGCUGAAAGUGAGCUUUCUGUUACUGCUCCCACCUCUCCUCCUCCCUCCUCCUCAGCUGCCUCUCAGAGCACAUCUGAGGCUGAAACUGCUGCUGCUGAGAGCGAAUGCAGCCAAAUCCAACUGGAGACAAAUCCACCACAGAAAGCAUCAGUAAAUGAAUGUGAGGAAGUAGAAGAAACAACAGUCCCACAGCAGACGUACACCGGUGAGCUGGUGUUGAUGCCAGUCGAGCAUAAAUCAGAUACAGUCGAGCAGCUCUCACUCUGUCCUCACCUAACCUCUGAAAGCCCAGAAAUAUUUUCCUCUGACUGUGCAAACCCUCUCGAUGAUGCUGACAGUUCACCUCAAUCACAUCAUGUGGAAGACAUGGUUGACAUGGAGAUGAACACAUCACCAGUGGAGCACUCUGCCCCAAAGACUGAUAUUCAUUCAGAAACAACAAAUACUUUAGUUACUGAGAACCCGCCCCAAAGCAUGGAGGUGGUUGAUACCAGCACCUGUGCCUCUGACAACCCGAGCUGUCAGGAUGACAGAACCUCAGCCUUAAACAGCCAGGAGGAAAACACUUUGAUCACAGUGGGUUCAGGUCAGAUCGAUCUUUAUUCGUCUGCGUGUGAGAAACCUCUAGUUGAUGCUGACCUGCAGCAUCGAGCUGGUGACAGUUUACCUCAAGCUGAAGAUUCAUCAGGCAGAAAUCAAAUGGAAGACAUGGAUGGUCUUCAGACGGAAACAUCACCAGAAGGGAACCCUGCGUUAGACAGUGAUGUUUGGACAGAACCUCAUAAUAUUUUGCUUCCUGAGGGCCCAUCCCAAAGCACUGAGCUCCAUUCUGCCCCCAGCAGCUGUGACUCACACGGGAUUCUUGAUGACUUAAGUUGUCGGGAUGACAGAACCUCAGCCUCAGACUGCCAAGAGGAUCACACUUUGAUGGCAGUGGACCCGGGUCAGAUCGACAUUUAUGCCUCCACUCCAUCGUACGAGAUUCACCUCCUAGGUUGUGAACCAUCAUCUGCUGCUGCUGCUGAGGAGGGAGAGAAGGAGGGAGGGAUGAGGGAGAUGGUGUCUGAGCUGCUGGGAGAUGAUGCAGACUCCUCGGUCUGCCGUCUUUAUCCUCAACCCUGGAUCAAGCUGGGCCUGGAACAGAGCUGUGAGGGCUGGGCUCAGGGAGCGUGUGAUGCCGAACCCGGCCAGAGGGACAGCAAGGAGGAGAUGGACGCAGAGAUGAUCCCAGCCUCGGUGUCGGAGCUGCAGCCCUCCAUGGCUCUGCUGGGAGCGUACCCCUACAGCACUGUGAUGCCUCAGGGAUCCUGUGUGUGGGACUGGCACACAGAUUGCACUCCGUCUGCACCUGUUCCUGCUCCUAUCCUUAACCCUGAUGCUGAGGUAUGGACCAAUCACAGCUUUAACCUGAAUAUUCCCGAAGCAGCCUACCCUCAGCAGUCGUGGCUGCAGGUCCCCAACGAUCUGACCGAUCAGGAAGGAUAUGUGCCAGAGUUUCAGCUGCACAGCAUGGGGCUGGCUGAGGCUGAUCCAACACUGGAGUAUCAGGCAGUGACCGCUGAAGCCCCUGUAGUUAAUGGAGAGGCUGGUGACCCACUUGUUACAGAUGAGAUCAGACAGGAACUGAGAACAGUGUUGGAGUCCUGCCUGACCAGGGAAAACCUCGGCAGUGAUUUGUACCUGAAGUCUCAGAUGGACAGUGAUCAGUACGUUUCCAUCGCAACCCUGGCCAGUCUGGACAAGGUCAAGAAUCUCACCACAGACCUCGACCUCAUCUCUGAUAUUCUGAAAUCCAUGCCGCAGGUCCAGGUGACUCCAUGUGGACAGAAAGUUCGGCCCAGACAGAGCCGCUGUGUUGUCAUCCUACGCGAGAUUCCUGACACCACACCUCAAGAGGAGGUGGAAGCUCUCUUUGAAGGAGAGAACCUUCCCAAGUUCCUGAGCUGUGAGUUUGUGAACAACGACUGCUGGUUCAUUACCUUCAAAUCAGAGGCCGACGCACAACAGGCGUACACGUACCUCAGGGAAGAGGUUCAGAUGUUUAACGGGAAGCCCAUCAUGGCGAGGAUCAAGGCCAAAACAAUGGCAGCUGUUUCUUACGCUCCGAACAACGGCUACAGACCCGCCCAGCUGGACCAGUGCACCAAUCACUACUCCUACUUCCCCCCGACCACCUACCAGCAGCCCUGCCCCGCCCACAUGCCGACACAACCGCCGUAUGACCUGACCAAUGAGAUGUGGACCUCAGCUGCUGCAGAAUACCAAAAAUGGGACGAGCAGCCUCCACUACUGAUGGAUGGCUUCAUGAACGGGUUUGCUGCAGCGACCAACUUCAAACCAAACAUCCCACACAGGCUCAGGAGAGGAUCGAAGUGGUCAAUCCUUGACCGCCGGCAGUCCCAACGCAAUGUCUCCUCACAUUUUUCAGAGCUGUCAGUGGACCACUGCUCCUCUCUGAAGACGAGUCGAGGCCGUUCACGAGGCAUCUCACACCGUCAGGGCAGAGGAGGAAGGAUGGAGGUGAACAAGCAAGUCAUGUCCCCAAUUUCUGAACCAGGAAGGAGAGGAAACUUCAGCCAGAGGAGGAGAGAGAACCAGAGAUCCUGGGACAAAUCCACUCACAGCAGUCAGAGUCAAACGCCUCCUCGUCAGCCGUCUCCUCUCGAACUCGGUCUGACGAGUUUCCCUCCUCUUUCUACGACGAGCGACGUCACAACAACCAGAGCUGCUGCUAACAGCAACACCCAGGGUCCAGUCAGAAGCAGCAGCUCCAACACAUCACUGCCAGAAGAGCCUGAAUCAGUCCUUCAGCAGAAAGUGAAGGAGAGUGUGGAGGUGAGCAGUGAAGUCAAACCAGUUCAGCUCCCACAGGAACCAGUCACAGAGUCCAAGAAACCGAGUUACGCUGAGAUCUGCCAGAGAGUUUCAUCCAACGAGCCGCCGUCCUCUGAGGAAGAACACAUCCCCAGAUAAGACGGACAAAGAGACACUUGUGAACUUUUUUCUUUUUUUUGGUCCUAUGAGUGUCUAAAAUGCCGUGUUGUAAUGUCCUGAUUGUAUAAGUGGGCUGCGUGGUGACUGUGAAGAAUAAUCUGUGAGCACCGUGCAGAGAGAUUGUGGGACUUUAAAUCAACUUUAAAUUGGAUCUAAAAUGAACUCUGGUCUGACUUUUUGAAGGUUUGGCUCCGGGGCUGUCAAAGGCAACUUUUCAGGUUUUUAUGCAGGAGUCCUGAAUGAAGUGUAAAUGUUGAUCUGCUCCUUUACUUUAGUUUUAUUUCUUGGUUUGUAGUUGAAGUCAGUUUAUGGAGAGCCAGGUUCCAUUUAGAUUUGUUCUUGUUUUGCUGAUUUCACCGGCACUUCUUCUCUUUCCUCACUGUUGUGAUUCUGAACUCCUUUUGGUGAUUUUUUUUUUCUUCCCCUCAUACAU